GUGGGAGCGAACCGGGAUGCAGCUGCUGCCAAGGGAGACAGGGAGUACCUGCAUCCAGUCCUCACAUCAGCACCUUUAAAACCCACCAGGCUUCUCUCCCUCAUCCGUCCGCUUUAUGAUGCGCUGAACCGCUUCUCUUCUCUUCUCUUUUUUUUUUUUUUUUCUUUCUCUCGAUCUGAAGCGGAGGGGCACCCAAUGGAUGCUGUGGCGAACCGUGUAGUACUGCCAGGGAUCUUCAUCUUGGGUUUGAUUUAGCCUCCAACCAGAGACACCUGGAUGAAACAGCAGGAACUACGAGGACUGUUGUUGCAAUGGAGUCGGCUCUGUCACGGCUCAAACCCCGUCUGUAAACCGACAACAUCUCGUUUCAUGGCGUUUUGCAGUGCAAAGGGAAAAUAACGACCACUGCUCGCAAACUAUGAACGAGGAGAUGACCAAAAGCGAGGAGCAGCAUCUUAGUUUGCAGAAAGCCUUGCAGCAGUGCGAGUUGGUGCAAAAUAUGAUAGACAUAAGCAUUUCUAGUUUGGAGGGUUUACGGACCAAAUGUGCCACAUCCAACGACUUGACACAAAAAGAGAUACGAACGCUGGAGGGGAAGUUGGUGAAGUACUUCAGCCGCCAGCUGUCCUGUAAGUGCAAAGUGGCCUUAGAGGAGCGCAGUGCUGAGCUGGAGGACUUCCCUCGCCUCGGCCACUGGUUCCGCAUCGUCAACUUGAGGAAAGAGGUCACACAGGAGAUGAGCCCCGGUGAAGUGACCCUGGAAGGCCUGUUGGAGAUGAGUGAGGAGCAGGUGUGUGAGCUGCUGCAGAAGUUUGGUGCCAAUGAAGAGGAGUGUGCCCGACUCAACGCCUCCCUUUCCUGCCUCAGAAAGGCCCACCAGCUUGAACAACUUGAGGAGGAUAAAUUGCACAAUAACGGAGGGAGCCAGGCAAAGCAGGACUGGUCCAUCCAGUGGCCCACCUCUGAGUCCGGCAAAGAAAACACUCCAGUAUGCCAGCCAGAGGCCAGUCAGUGGAUCCGGUUCCAGCUCUCCCAAAGCCCCAAAGUCCAGUCCAAAUACAACCAGCACAUGUGCCACAGCCCCCAGGCACUGGCCCCCCCAUUGUACGCUGAUCGUCUUACUGUUGAUAGCCCGGCCACAGGGCUCUUCCCUUCCCUGGAAUCUGGUCACCGCUCCCUGCCCCCGUCACCUCGCCAGAGGCACUUUGGCCACACGCCUCCUCGGACUCCCUUGGUGGUCAACACGAUGACCCCCCCUGGUACUCCCCCUAUGAGGCGACGGAACAAAGUGAAGGCCCCAGGAACGCCACCUCCGCCGAGCCGCAAGCUCAUCCAUCUGCUGCCGGGCUUCACCGCUCUACACCGCAGCAAGUCCCAUGAGUUCCAGCUGGGGAACCGCUUGGAUGACACGCAGACACCAAAAGCCAAGAAGAAGACCAAGCCCUUGAACCUUAAGAUUCACAGCAGUGUGGGCAGCUGUGAGAAUCUGCCCACGCAGCGCUCGCCCCUCCACACUGAACGAUCUCUGAGAUCCUUCUUCUUCCCCUCCUUCAUCCCUUCCACACCUCCUGUCCACGCCGAAACACCCUCUGCAAACACUCUCUCAGUGCCUCGCUGGUCCCCACAGAUUCCCCGAAGAGAUCUGGGAAACUCGAUAAAACACAGGUUUUCCACAAAGUACUGGAUGUCGCAGACAUGCAUAGUAUGUGGAAAGGGAAUGUUGUUUGGACUCAAAUGUAAAAACUGCAAGCUGAAGUGCCACAACAAAUGCACCAAAGAAGCCCCACCUUGCCAUUUACUGAUCAUACAGCGAGGCGGUCGAGAAUCUUUAAAAGAUCACCAAGGAACAACUCAAGUAGCUCGCUUGGUACGAACCGAAUCAGUGCCAUGUGACAUCAACAAUCCGCUCAGGUACACAGACCUGCACAUCAGUCAGACGCUCCCCAAAACCAACAAAAUCAACAAGGAUCACAUCCCGGUCCCAUACCAGCCAGACUCCAGCAGUAAUCCAUCAUCCACCACCUCCUCCACCCCUUCAUCCCCAGCUCCCCCCCUUCCCAGCAGUGCCACGCCCCCCUCGCCACUGCACCCAUCCCCACAGUCAGCACGGCAACAGAAACAGUUCAACUUGACAGCCUCCAGUUAUUUCAAAUACAAGCAACAGUUUAUCUUUCCAGAUGUUGCUCCAGAGGCUCCUCCCAGCAGAGCACCACAGGUUAUACUGCACCCUGUCCUGUCUGAACCAGGGAAUGAGGGCAACCCUUUACUUCAAAUCGAAGUGGAACCUACAUCAGAUAACGAGGACGGCAACGACGAGGACUCCGGCGAUGAGUUCGAGGAGAUGAACCUGUCGCUCCUGUCGGCUCGAAACUUCCCACGCAAAGCUAGCCAGACCAGCAUCUUCCUGCAGGAGUGGGACAUCCCGUUCGAACAGCUGGAGAUCGGGGAGAUGAUUGGCAAGGGGCGCUUCGGUAAAGUUUUCCACGGGCGCUGGCACGGGGAGGUGGCCAUCCGCUUGAUCGACAUCGAGCGUGACAACGAAGACCAGCUGAAGGCGUUCAAGCGAGAGGUGAUGGCGUACCGCAACACGCGCCAUGAGAAUGUGGUGCUGUUUAUGGGGGCCUGCAUGAGUCCACCACACCUGGCUAUCAUCACAAGCUUGUGUAAAGGCAGAACACUUUAUUCGGUGGUGCGGGAUGCGAAGGUUGUACUGGAUGUUAACAAAACCCGACAGAUUGCACAAGAAAUGGUGAAGGGGAUGGGUUACCUCCAUGCUAAAGGGAUCUUACACAAAGACAUGAAGUCCAAGAAUGUGUUUUAUGACAAUGGCAAAGUGGUUAUUACAGAUUUUGGGCUCUUCACUAUAUCUGGGGUCCUGCAGGCUGGCAGCCGGAGGGAAGACAAGCUCCGGAUCCCAAACGGCUGGCUGUGUCACCUGGCUCCAGAAAUCAUCCAGCAGCUUUCUCCAGACACAGAGGAGGACAAACUUCCUUUCUCCAAACAGUCGGAUGUUUUUGCUUUUGGCACCAUCUGGUAUGAGUUACAUGCACGUGAGUGGCCUUACAAAAGUCAGCCAGCUGAGGUGAUCAUAUGGCAGAUCGGCAGCGGGAUGAAGCCCAACCUCGCCCAGACCGGCAUGGGGAAGGAGAUCUCAGACAUUCUGCUCCUUUGCUGGGCGUACAAACAGGAGGAGCGGCCCAGCUUCUCCAAACUGGUAGAUUUACUGGAAAAGUUGCCAAAACGGAACCGCCGCCUUUCCCACCCUGGGCACUUCUGGAAGUCAGCUGAGUAUGUCAAAUGAGUUAGGGACACAAAAACAGCAAACAAUCAGCAACUUAAAAAAAAAAAAAAAAGAAAAGAAAGAAAAAGAAAAAAAAAAAGCCGCCAUAACUUCUCCAUAAAUAACCCACCUCCUUAAAGAAUGCACUGAAUCCAAAAGCCAGCCCAGUGAUGAAAACUGCCCGUGCUGUGUGUAUUUUCAUGGAUGUUGGCAUGCGUGUGUACAGAUAAGUUGACUGUCCAGCUUCUCAAAGCGGUUGGGACUCAUAUUUUCUUUGGUUUAAUUUAACCAUACUGGAUAUCUUUCCUUUCUCUCUCUCUCUUUUUAUUUUUUGUUUGUGUCUUUUACUAUUGACCUGUUCUCCUCAUGAAAUUUGAUUUAUGACAUUUAUUUCCUGGAUGUAUCUUGCUUGUAACUUUUAUCUGAUCAUAUCAUCCUGGACUUUUAAGAAAAAAAAAAAAAAAAAACCAUGUCUGAGAACAAAUGUAGUUUUUUUUCCAUGUCUGUUUUUUUUUUGUUUUUUGUUUUUUUGAAUGAAUGUAAUUGUUGUACAUAACACAGUGUAUAUUUUCAUGACAUUGUCCUGCCAUUCCUUAUGUCUGUCAACUGUGUAGAUCAUUUUGUCAGUGUUGCCUCAUAUUGUCUCAUGUGUGGAUGUCUGUACAUGUAUGUUUGUCCUGGAAGCUUUUGUUUGAUAAUGUCCUCUUCUUGACACCGUACCAUUUGAAUGUGAAGACACCAGCGUUCCCUGUAUUGUCCAGGGAAGCGUCGGCACGGUCCUUUUUUUGAUAGGAGACUGUUCCCCUGAUCAGCCUGUGCUUAGAAUUAUCACCUGUGAACAUUAACACAAAACAUAUGAACAAUACUGUUGCUUGGAAAAGAAGCCGCUGGUCAGACCGGGGACUCCCUCACAUUGAUGCUGUUCUGUGAAAUUGCUGACACUUGGAAUGUAUCCCACCUGUUUUGUUGCAGAAAUGCUAUCACUGAGCCCCCUCAUUCCUUGAAAAAAACGCUAUUUUACUUUAAAGUUGCAGUAGGCACAAAUCAGAGAAAGGGGAAAAAAAAUGCCGGAAUUAAAAACACAUAUUCGUUUCUAUAAUAAGCCCCUCCCAUCAGACAGGCAGGCAUUUAUCAAACAGCCAAUAGGAACGGGGUCUCUGA